AUGGCUUCAGCUCCAUUCACUGUCUAUCGCAUGGCCGUAUGCUUGUACAAUGGCGUCACAUCGCUCGACUACCAAGGACCCGUCGAGCUUCUGGCGCUUCGAAGCACCCCGAUUCGCAAGAUGUUCCCAGACUUGCUCGGUGCGAACGAAACCAACUGCGCCAUCGAUGCGACAUACCUUGCCAACACCCUCGAUCCCAUCGUUCCUCUAGCCGGCCCCAAGGUCUUGCCCGACCAGACUUAUGAUGAUGCCAAAGAGCAGUUUGACAUUAUUUUCAUUCCUGGGGGUGCGUGUUCAGUUCGCAAAGGCACAGAACACAGCCUGAUGAACUUCCUGAAGAGACAAGGGCCGCAUGUCAAGUAUAUUCUGGCAGUUUGCACUGGGUCGUGGAUCCUCUCUAGCACAGGGCUUUUGGACGGAAAGCGUGCUACAUCGAACAAGGCCAUGUUCAAGGCCAUCCAGGAAGACACCAAAGAUCUCCCGAUAACAUGGAUCGCCAAGGCUCGAUGGGUCGCUACAGAAGACAAGAAAAUCUGGUCGAGCUCAGGUAUCACCGCCGGAACGGACCUGGCGUACGCAUUUCUGGAGCAUAUCACUGGUAAGGGACCUGCGGAAGCUUCUGCAGGGUUGUUGGAGAUGAUGGUCAAGGGGGAGGGAGACGAUCCGUUCGCAGCCAAGUAUGGAUUAGUCUGA